CGUCAAGCGGGUAUAGUAUGACCUCAUAUCGCUUUUACAUAGGGCACCGAGAAGUAUAAGAAUGGCAGAAUCGAGCCUCAUCGAGAAGUGAUUUAUCAAAGCAAACCAUAGCAACACUGAUCAAGAGUUUUCAAUUACCAUACUUUUCUUAUAUUUAACCCAUCAGUUCACAAUGGCCUCGAACACGAACCCCGGAAACUUCAGCAACCGUCCCCACGAGGAGGUUGAGAACAUUGCCCGCAAGGGUGGCCAGAGCUCCCACUCGGGAGGUUUUGCCAGCAUGGACCCUGCGAAGCAGAGAAACAUCGCUUCCAAGGGAGGUCAGGCUUCGAGCGGAAGCUUCCAACCUGGUGACCCUAGAGCCCGCGAGGCCGGUCAGAAGGGUGGUUCGAGAACUCAGUACGAUGUGGACCAGCCUGAGGAGUAAACAGAUCGUCUCAGAUGAUAGGUUAUUACCAUACUAUUCGUGUUGUUGAUGAUAUAAUGUUGUAUAUUUUACUGUACCUUGAACGAAACUCUGUUAAGA